UCCGCCUCUCGGAAGCCAGCAGGUUAGCCUGUUAGCAUGCUAUCCUAGCCGGAGCGCAGCCCAGCGGAGCCUUGUCUCAGUCUCCCCUCCGUCGGCGUCCUGUCUGCGGUGCUGUCAGGCGGCGCAGAGCCUCUUCGGGACCCGCACUCGUCUCCACCCGGGCUGGUCUGCGGAUCCGGACUCCUUUCAGUCAGUGUGGCCGUCACUUGGAGCCGAUUCGAGAUGUCUGGACAGAGCAUUACGGACCGGAUCACCGCGGCUCAGCACAGUGUCACCGGCUCGGCCAUCUCCAAGACGGUGUGCAAGGCGACCACGCACGAGAUCAUGGGGCCCAAGAAGAAGCACCUGGACUACCUGAUCCAGUGCACCAACGAGAUGAAUGUCAACAUCCCCCAGCUGGCCGACACGCUGUUCGAGCGCACCGCCAACACCAGCUGGGUGGUGGUCUUCAAGUCGCUGGCCGCCACGCACCACCUCAUGGUCUACGGCAACGAGAGGUUCAUCCAGUAUCUGGCCUCCAGGAACACUCUCUUCAACCUCAGCAGCUUCCUGGACAAGAGCGGCCUUCAGGGCUACGACAUGUCGACGUUCAUCCGGAGGUACAGCCGCUACCUGAACGAGAAGGCGGUGUCCUACAGACAGGUGGCCUUCGACUUCACCAAAGUGAAGAGAGGGUCUGAUGGAGUGAUGAGGACGAUGAACACAGAGAAGCUGCUGAAGACCGUCCCGAUCAUCCAGAACCAGAUGGACGUCCUGCUGGAUUUCAACGUCAACGCCAACGAGCUCACCAACGGCGUGAUCAACGCCGCCUUCAUGCUGCUGUUCAAAGACGCCAUCCGGCUGUUUGCGGCCUACAAUGAAGGGAUCAUCAACCUGCUGGAGAAAUACUUUGACAUGAAGAAGACGCAGUGCAAGGAAGGCCUGGACAUCUACAAGAAGUUUCUGACGCGCAUGACCCGGAUCUCGGAGUUCCUGAAAGUUGCAGAGCAAGUGGGAAUCGACCGCGGGGACAUUCCAGACCUGUCUCAGGCCCCCAGCAGCCUGCUGGACGCCCUGGAGCAGCACCUGGCCUCUCUGGAGGGGAAGAAGGUCAAAGAUUCCACGGCGGCCAGCCGGGCCAGCACCCUCUCCAACGCCGUCUCGUCUCUGGCCAACACCGGCAUGUCUUUUUCUAAAGUGGACGAGAGAGAGAAGCAGGCGGCUCUGGAAGAAGAACAGGCCCGUCUAAGAGCCCUGAAGGAACAGCGUCUGAAGGAGCUGCAGAGGAACACUGCUGCCACCACCGACUCCUCCCCGGUGUCCACGACGGGGGGAACCGUCACCUCUGCGCCGGUCAUCGACCUCUUCUCCACCCCGGGCUCCACCAACAGCUCCUCGAAGGCAGCCGCUGACCUGCUGGACCUGCAACCGUCCUUCCAGCCUCUGUCCAGCUCCACCACCUGGGGAGGGUUCUCGGCCUCCCCGACGCUGCAGCAGCAGAACGCUUCAGGCCUCAAUGUGGACUUUGACUCUGUAUUUGGGAACAACAGCAACGCCAACAGCCUGGACGCCGCCGACGUUCUAGGUGGGGUCCUCACACCGAAAGUGGCGUCUUCUCCCAGCCUGGGCCUGACCCCCAGCAGCCAGCAGCCCGGCAAGCUGGUGUCCCACGACCUGGACUCGUCCCUGGCCAACCUCGUGGGCAACCUGGGGAUCGGGAACGGAGUGCCAAAGAAUGACCUCCACUGGAGCCAGCCCGGCGAGAGGAAGCUGACCGGAGGAAACAACUGGCAGCCUCGGACCGCCCCGUCCACCUGGAGCCCCGCCGCCAUGGCUCCGUCUGCCGUGGCCUUCCCCGCAACCACCCCCACAGGCAUGGUGGCAUAUGGCAUGCCUCCUCACAUGGUGCUGACCCAGCCCUCCAUGAUGCUCGGCCAGCCCGGGAUCCAGCCGCCCAACCCCUUCGGACCCGGUCCAGGAGCCCCGAUGCAGUUCAUGUGAGGUGGAGGAGGAGGGGGGGUUCCCGUCUCCCAGCUGGACCGAUGGAGCUCCUCUGGACUCUGUCUGGACCCUCUGGGGGUCUCAGGAGACCAGCUGGAGCGGCUCUGGACCCUCUGCAGGUCUCAGGAGACCGGCUCAGACGGACACUCUGCGUCGUCCAGGGAGGAGAAGAAGCUUCCUGUCCUCCGAGGAACACAAAUCUGUGUGUGUGUGUGUGUGUGUGUGUGUGUGUGUGUGUGUGUGUGUGUGUGUGUGUGUGUGUGUGUGUGUGUGUGUGUGUGUGUGUGUGUGUGUGUGUGUGUGUGUGUGUGGGGGCUGUAGUCACCAUCACACACCGUCUCUUCUAUCAGUGAUCAAACAUCUUCACAUUAUCAGAACAUGCAGACUGCUUUUGUACCUCUCUCUCUCUCUCCCUCUCUCUCUCUCUGUCUCUCUGUCUCUCUCUCUCUCUCUCGUCUGCAGUAGACAUUCCGGUCAUGUUGUUGGUAUUUAUUAAGGUUUGUCCUCCAGAGGAAGCCGGGCUCCGGGGUUCUGGGUUCUGGGUUCUGGGCUCCGGGGUUCUGGGGUUCUGUGCUCCGGGGUUCUGGGUUCUGAUGGAGGGCGGACUGUGGGUGGAGUGAUUGAGAUGCUUUGUAAAGAGGUUAAUAUAAAGGGUGGGGUUGGGUGGAGGUGUGCUGUGGUUCCAGGGCUCCGGCUCGCCGUUCCGCCGCCGCCUUUCAUGCUGCGAUCAUGUUUCGGCCGGCGGCCCCGGGCCCCCCGGUGUCCGUUACCACAGGGGGGGCGGGACAAUAGAGCGCUGUGGAUCGGCGCUCUGUGUAUACAGGGGUCCUGCGGCGGCGGCGGUGGCGGCGGCGAGCCGCCCUGAAAGAUGAGCUGAACAUGAAAGAGGCCUUCAGUCCAGAACGCUGCUCAUUUACUGCAGAUUCUAUUUUUGUUUGAUU